AAGAUUGGAAGUGGCAGAACUGUAGGAUUAUUUGUGGGGGAAGAUGAUGGGCAGCUUUUGUAUUGUCUUCUCUGGGCUCUUGCCUCGUAUUUUGUCAAAAAGAUGUGCCAAUUCUUGCAUUGUUUUUUCAACAAGAGACUCUAUGCAUCGCUGGGGAAAUAUAGGUCUCUUGUGUCUACUUCUGAGUCAUUGUGCCUUUUCACUCCGUAGAUGUACUGAUUAAGUCAGACUGCUUUCAGCAUCUUCUUCUCGGUAAUUAGAUAUGAAUCAAAGGAGUUAGGCUUGGUGUGGUCCCUUUGGCACCGGAAUCUUUUUCCUUUCUGUGCUUAUCUUGCUAUGGUUCCUCCAACUGCCCUAUUAAGUUGUCUCAGCUCAGGCCUUCUAUACCUUGCAUGCUAAUUAUCUCGCAACUAUGUGCUCCCCCUUUCUGGGAGGGAAGCAAUUGAGUAUGCUAGUCUUCUUUCUACUUGCUUUCAUUUUCAGGGAAUACUCUGAUUGUAGGUAUUUUAUUUAUAGUGAUUACUCUGAUAGUCUUCUCGUUUUGACAUUUUGUGUUGGUCCAUCCUCACUUACAGUGUAUUUGUUUCGCAAAAAGUAAACGAUUUGAAAAACAUCUUCCUAAGUAUAAUUGCUUGUAUCGCUGUAAAAAUGUACGAACGAAAUAAAAUUUGUCAUCUGUGAAAAUGCUUAGAUAUAAAUUGUCGUUCAUAAUGAAACAUCUUCAUUGACCAUUUAUUUCAAGCGAUGCAACGAUCAUUUUUAGGAUUUUUUUUUUCCAAAGUAUUCAUUUUCCCUGAAACAAAUGGAGCCUUAGUUUUAUGUCGGUUUUCACUGUUUCUUCUUUUCUUAGCGUACAGUUUAGUCAUAAUUUCCAACAAAGAAUGUGAUCAUGGCAUAUCAACACUUAUAGAGAACUUUUGUUGAAGGAGUCAUUUAGGGUCAAGGGCACUUCUAGGGGGCAAGUGUCAGCCUACAACUGCUUCAUUAGUUCGAUGUCCAUGUCUUGCGUAACUUGUACUCUUUUGCUUUGUCUUCAUGGUAGUUCAUAUUCUUCUGAAACCUUCUGUAAAAAAAUGUGGAAGUUUGAUCGAUUGGCACUUUGUCCAUAUAUGACGCCAAUACAGUGCUGAAAGUGGCGUCCAAUAGCUUUCUGACUGUUGAUAACUAAGUCGGCAGACAUCAGAUAUGCGAAUAAUUGUCUGCACUAAUGUGUAUAUCUUUAGAUGAUUGGUGAAUAGAUCAAAUGGACAGAGAAAAAAAGAAAGUUAUUUAUGGAACUUUUCUCUCUCUAAAUGCUAGCCCACACAAGGAUUUUACUUUGAAUCCAAAUUAGAGUGACUCGUAGAAAUAUCCUUGGAGAGUUGACGUUGCAACUUGCUCUAUCUUCCUCUUGGGUUUAGUUGCUGGAUUGAAAUUCGAGUACCAUGAAAACUAGUGCAAUUCUUGGGGGAGAAAUGACUUCUCUAUUGGGAUGCUAAUGAGCUAUCCUCAUAGACUAAUAUGUGAGGUUUUGCUCUUGUACCAUCAUAUCCAACAUUGACAUUUUGCUUAAUGGCACAAUUACUGGACAAACAGUAAAGUGAUGUGCUGGUGGAAUGAUCUUCAAAAGGUCGACUUCUGUUCUCCUUUGUUGGAGAUAUAGAUGCGCAAGUAAACAUACAGUGGGUAGGAGUGAUCACUGAACCUUGAGUUAGGAAUAGCUGUGGAACUGGACGUGUAAUUUAGCUCGACUAAAAGGAGAGGCUGGAUGGUUUGAAGCUUUAGCCAGAUGUUUCUAUUUUAUUGUUGGAAGGCAUUCUACAUGGGAAGUACUUUAUAAUCAGAAAGAGAAAAAACAUGUUAUAGAUAGAGAGAGAGAGAGAGAGAGAGAGAGAGAGAGAGAGGCUGCGCUUUCGCUUUCGCUCUUCACUGCCACGCUGCCGUCGAAGCUUUUUCCGCUUCAUUAGGUCCGCGUUCAUUUCUCCAUUGAUCUGGAGGGAGAUCGAUUCGAUCCGUGAGGGUGGGGGAUUCGCGGUCGGAUCGGGGAGAUGUCUCCUUCCAUUCGCGCCGGCAACGGCUCGGAAGGAGCCGGAGCUGCUAAUGGCCGCAACUACCUGGAGCACGAGGUGACGAAGAUGGACACUCUCGCCGGGAUCGCCAUCAAAUACGGCGUCGAGGUCGCAGAUAUAAAAAGGAUGAAUGGGUUAGCCACUGAUCUUCAAAUGUUUGCUUUGAAGACGUUGCGGGUACCGUUACCAGGAAGACAUCCACCUUCUGCCACCUUGUCUGAUGGUUCUGGUUCUUCAAGAGAAAAUGGGUGCAAAAAAGGUCGCUCACAUCGCACCACCUCCAAUGUCUUGGACUCCUUGGAGUCUCUAAGAUUGAAAUCACCUCAAAAGGUCACUUCAACAAUGAACACCUUGCAAAGUUACUAUGGCCUCGAUUCGCAGAAUAAAAGAAGCGCAGAAGGCAUGGAAAUGACUGUUUACGGAACAGGAGCUCCUUCCAUUUAUGACAAUGGGUUACCCCCUAAAGCCUCAACUAUGCCUGAGUCAACUUACAAGACUCAAAGUUCAGGUUUUUCCCAAGAUGAUGGAGUUGCAGACUUUGUGCCUCUUGGAGAUUCUGGGGAGGAUGAGGGAGAGAAAUCUAGUGAAAAGUCUGUCCGGAGGCGUCAAAAGGCAGAACCGGAUUUAGGGGUUGGGACUCCAGAAAGGGUGUUGAAAGAAGAAAACAGUGGUGGAAGCAGCAGCAGUUUCUCCACAAUAACAGGAAAGGGUUUGGCAUUGAGACCGAAGUCAGCCAGCCGAACAUCACUGAUUAGCGAUGGGGAGUCAAGUUGGUCAAAUGCUAUCCCUCUUGGUAUUGGGGAUUCUAUAAUGGUCGAUGAUCUUGUUGGAGUACGGAAGGCUUCGAGCUUAUCUAGCCUCCAGGAUCAAGAUGGCCGUAGGUCCUCAUCCAUUUGGCCAGCUUCGAAGUGGAACUUGAAAGCAGACUUGCCAGUACUUUCAGCCGCGUCCAUCACUGGGCCACUUUUGGAGGGCCUCCCAAUCCCAAUAUCUGGCCGUAGGAACAAAGCAGCUCUUGAUUAGCCAUAGAAAGCUCGCACAUAUACAUCAUAUAUUUACUUGGACUUUCGAUUCAAUGGAACAAGAUAUUUUUUGCCAACCUGAUGCCACAUUCAUAUGUCACGGCCCAGAAGUGGACAUGGAGGAGAAGAACGAAGGAAAACCCUGGCGAGGUAUAGGAUAUAGACAUUCUGCGGACUCCACGAUAUGUCGAUCGGUCAACAGCCUGAAACAGGCAAAGGCUAUCGACGUCUAUUCUCUUGUUGUACUUCCUAAUAUAUGUAAUCUCUCUUUCAUUCAAAUUGAUUGGGAUUUGUAACUACCGCAAAUGCAAUAAUCUAUGGUCAACUAAGCAUUAAUGAAGAAUGUAUCACCAUUUGUUAC